AUGUCAAGUUCAAACAGUGAUUCAUCAUCAGAAGAUGACCUGACAAGUUCAGUGCCUAGUUCCCGACAAAUUGUACAAUCACCGCUGUCCUUUGUGACCAACGUUCUGGCAGCAGAGGAAACGGAAGAGUCUGUCAUGUUUCCCGCAGUCAAACGUUCCAAUAGAAUCCUACUAAAAGAGCCAAGCAAAAGAGAUAUGAUUAUAUAUAAGCGGUAUGUUAACUUCGAACGUAGAUCUAACCCGCAAUACGAUCCGGAUAUUCACAUUGUAAUGACCGUAAGCAGCGCUUUCACCAUUGACAGCACCGUAGACGUAAUUCCACCAACAGUUACGAAGACUUCUAAAGAAAUAUACCAAAAUUAUAUACAGAAAAAUAGCGGCCGUGUUACCGUACCAGCAGCAUCCCUCGCUUUAUAUAAAAAAUAUGUUAACUUCAAUCAACUACAGCACUAG